AUGCAGCAACAAGUUCAUCAUCCAGCGUCGUCACAAAACUCGCCUCAUCGUCUACCUCGUAUUAUCCGUCCGUCUCUCGAAACGAUCUCUUCUAUUCCUCCUCUUAUGAAUCAUCAGCCAAAUUGUUCAGAAGUACGUCCACUUAUGGAACAACAAACCACCCCCGUUACGUCCACUCCAAGACGUCCAGCUAGUGACAGUUUCGAAAAUAGUGAUGGUAAUCGUCAACGUAUGAAAAAACGCUUGAGAAUCAAUGAUCUUCCACCUCGUAAUGAACAAGUCGAACAGCAUCAUCUUCCUACACUCGUUCCUCCUCACCAUCACCAGCACCAGCAUUAUUUCAAUAUGAACGUUCUUAAGCGGGCAGUUUCUAGUAAUCUACCUUGUUUUUUCAUCAUCUUUGGUGCUUCUGUUGAACCAAAAAAUAUUCCGUCCAGUAUUCAGGUCGCUAUUAUGCUCAAGAAAUUAUUUGCCGAUAAUCAAAUUCCUAUCAAGGAACUGUCGAUGUGUGUUCAAGCAGGUGAACGAAGAUUUAAAUUUCCUGUAGGUGAUAAAGCAAAUUUUUUAACUUUGUUCAAUUGGAUCUGGCCUGAGGAAAUUGAUAAUAAAAAAACUGAAUUUAUCAAGCCUCACACGUUGCCUGAUUGCUAUGCCUUGGUAGUACGUUACGUUCCUUUAGAUAUUAAUCAAGACAUUGCUCGACAAGAAAUCUUAAAGGCAAUUCCUGCUGCAGUUGGUUUCUCGUCUAUUCAUUAUCACCAUCGUCAACGACCAUCUUAUGAUAUUCGAUUUACUGUACGUAGCCUUGAACAAUAUCAAACCGCACUUGAACUAGGUCGUCUAUCAAUUGGUCAACAUUAUCUGCCUCUUACUACAUUUCUUACUGGUUAUCGACUUACAUACUGUACAGCAUGUUGGAAAAUUGGUCACAAGGGAGACAAAUGCCAAUCACCGGUCAGUUGUCGUAAGUGUUUAGGUUCUUAUACUAAUGGAGUAAAUCACAGCUGUCAAAAUGAUACAUUUAUCUGCGCCCAGUGUGGCGGAAAUCAUUUCUCUCUUGAUUCAAUCUGCCCUGUUGUCAAAAAAUACAGAGAAGAGCUUAAAUUAGCUGUUGGCAAAGCACUGGCUUCAGGUGCAAUCAGAAGAUCAGCACCAGGUGAAGUAUCCCAUCCAUUUCAACAACAGACGAACGAUUUUCCCUUGUAA